UUCCAUCAUCCAGUGGCAAUUUUUACUUUACACGUCACAAUAAUAAUGCCACAGGAGCAACCCCUCUUCUCUCUUUCUUUCUUCUUUUUCUUCAACAUUGCUAAGUUAAAAUAAAAAUAAAAAGUCAUCAAACUAAGCUUCUAACUUCUAAGUCACAGCAAAGCAGUGGCGUGAAUUCCCAGGUGCCCUUCAUUCUGUUUGGUUUUCUCUGUUCUUUUUGUUUAGCAAGAUACAGUUGGUGGGGCAAACACAAAAAAAACAGGUUUGUUAUUAAGAUUUAUCGAAAAUUGGGAACUGCAUCAGAAUUCAGAACGAGGAGAUGAGAUCUGAAGGGCCAAGGGCCAUUACUAUUCAUGUAACAGGAUUUAAAAAGUUUCAAGGGGUUCCUGAAAACCCUACAGAAGCCAUUGUGAAUAAUCUGAAGGAGUAUGUUGAAAGGAGAGGCCUUCCUGCUGGUGUUACUCUUGGGAGUUGCACUGUGCUUGAUGUGGCUGGGGAUGGUGCACUUCCCCAGCUAUAUCAGACCAUGGAAUCUGCUAUCUCCAAAACAGAUAGUGUGAGCAAUGCAAAUGUUGUAUGGCUUCACUUGGGGGUGAAUAGUGGAGCUGUAAGGUUUGCCAUUGAGCAUCAGGCAGCAAAUGAGGCCACUUUCCGCUGUCCAGAUGAGUUAGGAUGGCAACCUCAGCAACUACCAAUAGUCCUUGAGGAUGGAGGAAUUUCUCAAACCAGAAAGACUUCUAUGCACGUUGAUGCAAUCUUGAAAUCCUUGAAGAAGGGAGCUUAUGACGUGAUGAUAUCAGGCAAUGCAGGACGCUUUGUGUGCAACUAUGUGUAUUACCACUCCCUCCGAUUUGCGGAACAGAAGGGUAACAAGUCUCUAUUUGUCCAUGUUCCCCUAUUUGCAAGAAUUGAUCAAGAAACCCAGAUGCGGUUUACAGCCUCUCUUUUGGAUGCCAUUGCUUCUGCAUGUUAAUGCAAUACUGAAUAUGUUUACAAGGAUUGCCAUGUCCACUUGUAUAUCAUCUGUCUCAAAGAGCAAUGUAAUUAUAAAGCAAUCUAUGAAUGAAUGAACUGCAGAGUUCUUUUUUCUUUUCUUUUGGUAAGAUGAGACUUUUACCAUUCAUAGCACGUCUUUAAUGUAUAAUGCGUCCAUACGUCUUAAACUCUACAAAAAUUUCCUGGAAAUUGCUGAAAAUUUGGAUCAUUGUUAA